AUGGCCGACCCUCUGUCCAUCCUGGGCGCCGCACUGGGGGUAAUCUCGCUGGGCCUCCAAGUGCGUAGCGAAAUCACCUCAUACUGCAGCGCCUGGCGAGGCGCCCACGACGAAAUCCAGGAGGUGGCCAAUAAGGCCGAGGCACUCGACGCCCCGCUCUGCGCGCUUCGAGAAAUAAUCCCAGAAACCGAGCUCUCGGAUCCAGAUGUCGCCUACGACCUCCAGAAAAAGAUGGAGGUCCUCCGUGGAGGCGUGGUGAAAGUCAAAGAGGCGGUCGAUCGCUGGCGGCCCGCCCUAUGCGCCGAAACUACCCAAAAAGCUGAGAGUGGCUUGAGCGCGAGAUUACGCUCCCACCGGAAGAGGGCUGCAUAUCCCCUGAGGAAAGAAGCUUUGCGGACCCUGGUCGGGGAGUUAGAUGGGUUGCAGAUUGGGUUGCAGACGACGCUGCAGAUAUUCACGGCAAAACAAGUACGACUCAUUCCCUCCCUGGUCCAGAAUCAGGGGAAGCUCCUACACGAGCUGCAGUCAAUGCACGUACAAUUGCAACAUCUCGCCUACCAGAAAUCCUCGCCACCACCACCGCAAUUACUACAAACCUGGUGCGAUGAGCAAGCGUCGCUCAAUCCGAUAUACCCACGCAGCGCACGGGUCAGGCAAUACAGAUUUCACAGUCGCCUCUUGAAUAUCACCAUCGCCGCCUCCUUCGCCCUGACCCGAGGCGCCGGCGGGUUCUCUAUUGCCCCCUCGCUAAGUAUCCGCGUGCCCUUGUCUCCCAAUCACCCCGGGUUCUUUUCUAUUUACGCACAUGGGCUCGGGGCGAAGUCUACGAGACCGGUUGAGUUUGUGGCGAGUACGAUCGAGUUGUUGAAGUAUCUUUUUGUGACGGGCCUGGCUGGGCCGUUGGAUACGGAUUCGGAUGGGAAGUCUUAUUUGGAUGCCUCUUGUUUUGCCUUUCAAUGCAGCUCAAGAUGGCACCCAGACGCCUUUGUUCAUUUCGCCCGGCUUUUCGCGUUCUUGAUUGACAAUGGAGCACCAUUGAGCACGUCGAGUUUGCACGGGGGCACCGGGCUGGAUCACUUUGUCGGGGCUACUGUUCUCGAUGAGGAAAAGACUCGGAUGCUCUCGCGCUUGGCCUACCGUGGUGGCCUCCUGACUAUUCGCGGCGCCUUUCAAUCGCAUACAAGCAAGACAAAUAUGCGUCAGGUUCUGAAUGAGAGUGAAGAAGUGGUUGACAUCCCUGACGUUGCAAAAGCUAUUAUCCAAGAGUUAGAACACGAUCUGCUCGCUGAACUUCGUUCAGGAAGAGCCAAGGCGAACGAUAACCUCGGCGGUACAACAUUACUCCAGCUGGCCGUCGGUUGGCCACGAGGUCUUCAGAUCUUGCUCGGUUCAGGCGCAGACAUUCAUUAUGAUUGUCCAAUGCCGCCCUUGAGAAUGGCAAUUCGCGAGCACCAUUACAAAUCCGUAGAAAUACUAUUAUCAGCGGGAUGUGCCCUAGACACGGCUGACAUAGCAUUCGCCGAAUCACUUCACGACAACAAGAUGACCUCCAUUCUCAUCUCUGGCCUUGCAUCAAGACGGAAGAGAUUGUUAAAGUUUGCAAAAGCCAGCCUCUCCCCUGCCGAACUUUCAGAACUCGGACUUUCAGACUCACAUCUACCCGACAGCGAAGCAUGGAAGAUAACCAGCAAAUUAACCGAAAAAGGAACGACAAUUCCGGUAGAACUCAAAGUUAAUUUCCGCACCUCCGUCUACCACUGCGCAUUCCGGAAAAUAGAAACACUGGACCUCCUCCACAACGCCGGAUUCAAAGAUACCGACAGCGAGGACUCAUACGGGCUAACGCCCCACAUGACAAUGAUCUCCUCCUCGGGCAUAUUCGAAUGCGCACACAAAAGAAGAACCUGGCUUAUUUCCCACGGUGCUAAUCCACGAAGAGCACUCCAUGGUGGUGGUGGAACCGUUCUCCAUUUUCUCGGCACUUGUUUCGCGAGUAUGCUGGUCAUGGAAGUAACGCGCGCAUCCUCCUCUGAUCUCCGACAGUUCCAGGUGCCGGAGUCGGGGUCUGGGGUCGACGAUCCUCUAUUCGAUCUCCGCUACGUCCUUCAGGACCCUGAUAGAGAUACUUGUGUAUGCUCCUGCUCGGUUGGUGGGUGUACCCCACUUCUAGCGGCUGUCCGGCAUCUGCUGGGGUAUACACCCAGAUUUUACAUGCAUAAUGGCGAGAAUCGGUUCCCCCGUGCAUUAGAAUUUUUGAUCUCAAGAUCGGAUAGUUCUUUGCAAACGCAAAUCUCUAUUUUAAGACUACUCACGUUCGAUGCGCUUGAUCUUGGGCAUACAUGUUGUCGCAAGGCUGACUAUGUGCAUAAUAUAAUCGAAUACAUUGAUGGUAAAGAGGUGGAAGAGAUACGCGAGGAAGAAUCUUUGCUGUUGGACGAUUUUGAAUCUCUUCUGGAUUGGAUAAUUGUCCAAUUCAUGGAGAUGGGUGUGCCACUCCUCGAAUUCUUGCAGGGUUCUUGGUAUAAGCUGGUGGUGGCGCAUAUUAGUCAUCUUGAUCAUCAUGAUGAGGAGCAUGCUAUGGGAGUGCAGGAGCUUGGGUUCAAGCUUCGGGUUGUGGAAAAUGUGCCUGAGAGGGUAUCGCUGAUGCUUGGAUCGCGGAUUGAGGAGAUCGAGCACAACACUUAG